AUGGCCGUGUCAUCAAGCUCGUCUCUCCGGUGCCCAUGGCCGGACCUCCAGCCGGAGCUGUUGGGCGUCGUGCUCUCGCGGCUGCCGUCGCACGCCGACCGCGUCCUCCUCGCCGCCGUCUGCCGCGCAUGGCGCUCCAACGCGCGGCUGCCGCGCCCGCUUCCCCCGCUGCCCCCGUGGAUUGCCCUCUGCGACGGCACCUUCCUCAGCCUCCCCGACGGCGCCGUCCACCGCCUGCCCGCCGCGGACGACGGCGUCUCCAUCCGAGCCUCCACCGGCAGCAGGCUCUUCCUCGUGCACGGCGACGGCAGGUGCUCGCUGAUGAAACCUCCCCCCUCUGCGACGACCCCUGUCCCCGAGGCUGCCUUCUGGUUCCAGGGAAAGCCCGUCGUCCGGAAGGUGGUGGCGUCCGAUCACCUCAUCGCCGCUCUGGUGGAGUCAACAAAUUCCACGACCGCGAGAGUCAUCAUCUCUACUCGUGGGCAGCCAUGGCACAUCACGAGGUGCUCCACGAUGGAGUGGGCGGAGCCUGAAGGCGGCUUCGUCAGCGACAUUGCCAUCUUCAAAGGAAAGAUCUACGCCCUCCUCACCACAAAUGUGGAGCGAUAUCGUCAGCAUGAGCUUUGUAUCCUGGACGACGGCCACGAGCAGACAACCAUCCACGGUACCCUAGUAGGGCGGGAGGCAUGGUAUGAUCCUAACUUGACCGGCUUGUACUUGCAGCGGAACUACCUUGUCGUCUCCGGUGAUAGGCUGCUGAUGGUCGAACAAAGGAUCAGCGAGCCGUGGCCGAGAGACUGGGGACCUUUGAAGCUGACUCGACACUUCAAGGUAUUGGAAGCAACGGACCUGAGCGGCAGCGGCUGUGCACACUGGACCGAAGUCGAUACAUUGAUGGGGCGCGCGCUCUUCGUCAGCCAAGGGUGCUCCGAGUCCCUCCCUGCCAGUGCCGGAGGUCAAUCUAGCGGCACCGGAGUUGAAGAAGAUUGCAUCUACUUUCUAAACGAGAAGAAAGGAUCUAGUCAGCCUGGUUUGGCCUUUCUUAACUUAAAGCCGGGCAGGCCCUUCGUUUCAAAAAUAAACAGGGGAAAUUGUGAGAAUGCCUUUCAAGACUCUGGGGUGAACAACAUGAGAGACCGGACAGUGAUGCCAUUGCUGUCGGAGACGGUAGUGGCGUCCACAGCCGGCGAAGGUCCAUGGUCUCCUACUUGGCUUUUUCCAGAGCCUUGA